AUGCCCAGUCAGUUGGCCCAAACUCCACAACCUGAUCAGACCGUGGACUUGCCCACCGAGCGAGUCAUUUCUUCUAUUCCCAAAGCCAAAGACUCCAAGGAAAAAUGGGAAUAUCCUAGUCCGCAGCAAUUUUACAAUGCCCUGCGACGUAAAGGCUGGGAGACUCCCGAAGACCAUAUCGAAACCAUGGUCGAUAUUCACAACUUCUUAAACGAAGAAGCAUGGAACGAAGUAUUGAAAUGGGAAUCCAAGUUCAAAUGUGAUUGUAUGGAGGACCCGUAUUUGACCAAGUUCCAGGGAAGACCCAAAGAGUUGACACCUAAAGCCAGAUGGCAUAGUUUGCUUGGUGCCCCCAAGCCGUUUGAUCGUCAUGAUUGGUAUGUUGGUCGAUGUGGCAAAGUACGACGUUAUGUGAUCGAUUACUAUGAAGCUCCUGCUGAUGGGGAUGAUCCCGUUUUCCAUUUGGACGUUCGUCCUGCCGUGGAUGACGCUGAAAGUAUGAUGUGUCGAUUCAAGGAAGCCGCUAAAAUGAAAUGGGAACAAUGGUUCCCUAACGCUGCAUCGGCAGCUUCCGACAAACCCGAAUCUUCUUCAAGUCCAUCCACCGCAUAA